AUAGUGUUCAACGAAACAGUAUCUGUGCUGUGUCUCUGCAAAAAGUGGAUUUCCAUUUCCAAGGAAGGAAUACGAAGCGUUAUUCAAAGCUUAAAUUCCUUGUCGAUCAUUCAUGGUUCUGCAAUGCAACAGGAACGCCCUCUCUCUCUCCUUCCGUUGCGUCUCAAAUGAAUAACCCCUUCGCAGUGCAUUUCACGUUUCUUCCAUCUUCUGCUGAUUAAUUACAGGGCCGAUUUCUGAGCUUUGAUCCCACUCAAACCCUCCCCGCCCCCGCCCCUUGUUUUCGGCAACGCCCUGCAUUUAUGCCUCCAUUUAUGGUCUACAAACGGAAAACGAAAGGACUGCUCUACUUCAACAUGAUUUUGGUGGUUUUCCUUGUUGGAUGGUUCCUACUUUUCCAAGAUAAAAUUACAAUAAUGAUUUGAAUCCCCUUGUUUGUUACUUCCUGCAGAGUUGCUUUCUCUAAACGUGUUGAAUGUCCUCCCACAGCUUUUAAAAUCUGACUUUGCUUCGCUUUUCUUUGCUUUGUGAAAGUUGCACAGGUACAGGCAGAUCUUACUUACAUUCUUGGACUAUUUAAGGAGGUUGUAGGCAUCUUAUUUUCUUAUAGAAAUUUGCUCUCAUUUGUUUUGAAGACUCAGCUUCAGUGGGUCUCCUAACUUGACCGUCUUCUUCACUACUCAACAUAACCCCUUCAAGUUUAUUAGAGGCUCCAACUGAGGAAAAUGGUGAAGAUCUGCUGCAUUGGAGCAGGGUAUGUCGGUGGGCCUACGAUGGCAGUGAUAGCAUCAAAAUGCCCCACAAUUGAAGUAGUAGUUGUUGACAUCUCUGUUUCCAAGAUCUUAGCCUGGAAUAGUGACCAACUCCCAAUAUAUGAGCCCGGUCUUGAUGAUGUAGUGAAGCAGUGCAGAGGAAAGAACCUAUUUUUCAGCACAAAUGUUGAAAGGCACGUCUCAGAGGCUGACAUAAUCUUUGUUUCAGUUAAUACUCCAACAAAAACUCGAGGCCUUGGAGCUGGCAAAGCUGCAGAUCUCACAUAUUGGGAGAGUGCAGCCCGAAUGAUUGCUGAUGUAUCAAAAUCAGAUAAGAUCGUUGUUGAAAAAUCAACUGUUCCUGUAAAAACAGCAGAAGCAAUAGAAAAGAUUCUUAUCCACAACAGCAAGGGAAUCAAAUAUCAGAUUCUCUCAAAUCCAGAGUUCCUUGCUGAGGGUACUGCAAUUAAAGAUUUAUUUAACCCCGACCGGGUUCUCAUAGGAGGGAGAGAAACUCCCGAUGGUCUCAAGGCAGUUCAGGCUUUGAAGAGUGUAUAUGCGCAGUGGGUGCCCGAAGAAAGAAUUAUCACCACCAAUCUGUGGUCUGCAGAGCUAUCAAAGUUAGCUGCCAAUGCAUUUUUGGCUCAAAGGAUCUCAUCUAUCAAUGCAAUGUCAGCACUCUGUGAGGCUACUGGUGCAGAUGUGUCACAGGUAUCCCAUGCCAUUGGAACAGAUACUAGAAUCGGACCCAAGUUCCUCAAUGCAAGUGUUGGUUUUGGUGGAUCAUGUUUUCAGAAAGACAUUCUCAAUUUGAUUUAUAUUUGUGAAUGCAAUGGCUUGAAUCAAGCUGCUAGCUACUGGAAACAAGUGAUCAAGGUCAACGACUACCAAAAGAACCGAUUUGUAAACCGGGUUGUCUCUUCAAUGUUCAAUACAGUUUCAGGCAAAAAGAUAGCAAUUCUCGGGUUUGCUUUCAAGAAGGAUACAGGUGACACAAGGGAAACUCCUGCGAUUAGUGUCUGCCAGGGACUUUUGGGGGACAAGGCAAAACUGAGUAUAUAUGACCCACAAGUAACUGAGGAUCAGAUUCAAAGGGACUUAUCUAUGAACAAGUUUGAUUGGGACCAUCCAAUCCACUUGCAGCCAGUGAGCCCAACUGCGGCAAAGGAAGUCAGUUUUGCUUGGGACCCCUAUGAGGCAACUAAAGAUGCUCAUGCAGUCUGCAUUCUUACUGAAUGGGAUGAAUUCAAGACUCUUGAUUUCCAAAGGAUUUUUGAACAAAUGCAGAAACCUGCAUUUGUUUUUGAUGGCAGAAAUGUUGUUGAUGUUCAAAGGCUGAGGGAGAUUGGAUUCAUAGUCUAUUCCAUUGGAAAACCACUGGAUCCAUGGCUCAAGGAUAUGCCUGUUAUGGCAUAGAAGUCCCAAUGAUAUAAAAGAUGGAGUCUAAUCUCCAAGAUUAAAGUUUGAUGAUUAGUUCUUUCUCUAUUAUUCAUUGUUUUUUCUUGCCUGCAAGUUGAUUCACAUUUUUAUAAUUGUUUUCAGAGCAAACCUCCACGGUUAUAUAAAAUUUACUUUGUUUUAAAGGUUCUGCUACUUAAUUGUUGAUUAAGUUUUA